AGGGCAAAAAAAACAUACAACACCUGGGAUUCGCUGGUCGUCACCGACCCAACUACUAGUCAGGCCCUCACUGGCUUAUCUAUGGGAGAGCGGACGGGAUCCCGAGUUUUCCAGUGGGUAUGGUUGUAUGUGAUAUGGAGAGUGGUAAGUUGUGUUCAUAUUGGAUGUCUGGAGGGUGUAGAGACUGACAACAAGGAGAUGAUGCUCUGUUGGUCGGGGGAAUGUCGUCCGAUUUCCAUGGGGAGAAUUUCAGUUCCACUUUUAGUCGCAUGCCUACAGCAAGUAGGUCCGAUCGAUGGAUGA